UUUGGGUCCUUCGACAUUUACAUGGAGUGGUUGAGCUAAAGCAGUUAGCCGAGGCUGUCAAACUAGUAGAAUAACAGUUGAAUUAGAUUGAAUUUGCAUUAAUGUCAUUUGUUGAAGGAAAGUGAAAAGACAACAGGUCUCCAGCAGCCAUGACCGUAGUCAUCGGGUUCGAAGGCAGUGCCAAUAAGAUUGGCAUAGGCAUCAUCAGAGAUGGUGAAGUGCUCUCCAACCCUAGACGGACGUACAUUACGCCACCUGGUCAAGGGUUCAUGCCGAGUGACACAGCCAGGCACCACCGUGCUGUCAUACUGACUGUCCUAAAGGAGGCGCUGGAGCAAGCAGGCCUGAAACCUGCAGACAUCGACUGUGUGGCGUACACUAAAGGUCCUGGUAUGGGCGCCCCCCUGGUCACAGUGGCUCUAGUGGCCCGGACAGUCGCACAGCUUUGGGGGAAGCCGCUGCUCGGCGUCAAUCACUGUAUCGGACACAUAGAGAUGGGCCGACUCAUCACCAAAGCCAACAACCCCACGGUGCUUUAUGUCAGCGGAGGCAACACGCAGGUCAUUGCGUACUCAGAGCGGCGGUACAGAAUAUUUGGGGAGACUAUCGACAUUGCUGUUGGAAACUGUUUGGACAGGUUUGCCAGAGUUAUUAAGAUUUCCAAUGAUCCCAGUCCAGGCUACAACAUCGAGCAGAUGGCCAAGAAAGGGAGUCAGUACGUGGAGCUGCCAUAUACGGUGAAAGGAAUGGAUGUCUCGUUUUCUGGGAUCUUAUCCUAUAUAGAGGAAGCUGCUAAUAAAAUGCUGAGCUCUGGUCAGUGUACAGCAGAAGACCUGUGUUUCUCACUGCAGGAGACGGUGUUCUCCAUGCUGGUGGAGAUCACCGAGCGGGCCAUGGCUCACUGUGGCUCCCAGGAGGUCCUCAUCGUCGGAGGUGUUGGCUGUAACCUUCGUCUGCAGGAGAUGAUGGGGGUGAUGUGUCAGGAGAGAGGAGCCAAGCUGUUCGCCACAGAUGAGAGAUUCUGCAUAGAUAACGGAGCAAUGAUCGCUCAGGCCGGCUGGGAGAUGUUUCGAUCCGGUCAGGUGACGGAGCUGGAAGACUCAUGGAUCACACAAAGGUACAGAACAGACGAGGUGGAGGUGACGUGGAGAGACUGACGGCCCUCAGCGACAUCAUGCUUUAACUGUACUGUUGCAGCAGGUCUGUUCUGACGUGUCAGGUGUAGGAAAUCUGCAUCUACAGGGACGACUGAGCUCUUCUGCAUCUGAUGCGAUUUUCUACGUUUCUUAAAAGCUCUUGUUUAGUUUACUCGUGUAAGUCUGCUGAUAUUCUGCUUUUCUGAGUGUCAGCAAGUUGUUCACAGCAGACAUUUUGGACUCGUCACUGUAGGGAAAGAAACCACAAGUGGAAUUAAAGAUGGCGCAGUUCCAGUAGGUUUAUGCCAUGAGUGUACAAAAGCAGGACCUCCGUUAAGUGGAAUGCAGCCAUCGUUAUGAGUGUUGCUCCCCCUGAUCUGACAAGUUAACACCAUAAAAAGAACAAAACCAACACAAGCUGAGUUUCCAUCAUUCAUUUUUAUGCGCAUUUUGAAGCAUCACAUUAGAAAAAGUUCACGCAAACAGCAGACUUUGAAAUUAAAACUGAUUUUUACACUUGCUU